UUUACUGUAUAGUAUGUAUACAUAUGGUUCGUUAUUAUUGCUUUUUUUUGGGGGGGGGGGGGUAGGAAUGUGGUGCAUUAUUUGAGAACGUAACGAAGAAGACACUAAAAUUCCUAACUAGAGAGGACAAAGUCUUAAAGUUAAUUACGUGUAAUCUUGUUAUAUGUCAAGUGCAAACCAGAAGGCAGGGACGACCGAAAAAUUGACGGGACGAUAUGAUCUUCGAAAGGAGGGUAGAUGCUGGAUAAGCACUCGCCUUCACCAUUAAAUUUACAGGUAGUGACUAGAUUCCCUGGCUGAUUACCGAAUGAAGGAAUCCAGUAUUCUUGACGAUCUCUCCAAGUGGCAAUGACAAUCCUCUGCAUUCUGCAAUGAUGAACUGCAGGGUUUCUCCUGCUUUCUAAAAGAGUGUAUUUAUUUAUUGUAAUUGUGACAUACAAAAUUGACUUGGUAGCAGAAAAAAAAAUAAAAUUGGUCAACGGGUAAUGGUUAAUUUUAAAAAGAAGGCGAGCAAGAGGAUAGAACAAAAGGGAGAGUAAGUAACGAAUGGCGUUGAGGGAGAAUAAAUAAAUUGUCCAAAUUUGAAUUUAAAUUUCAUGACUAUAUUUGGUAUAGGUAAUAAGUAUCUAUAUUAUUUAAAUCAUUAAAAUUUAUAUUAUUAAUUUUAAAUUUAUACUUUAUUUAAAGUAAAUAAAUGGAUAAAUUUAUCUAAAUUUUUAAUUUAAAUUUUAAUGGUUCAAUGCCCGUAUUAAUUAACAUCACCAAAUCUAAUAUGAUUAGGCUGAAAGAGUCUGGUUAAUAUGAUAUCCUAUUCUAUGAACGUGGGCAUAGAUGUCAGGGCCAGCUGCCGCAAGUUGGCAGGGUGUGGAAUGUUGACGCUGAGCAAAUGGUGAAAGGCUGAGCCAAAGCAGCACGAGUUUUAAAACGCGAGCGGCAAGCUGAGCAGCUGAGAAAUCCGCGUUUUUGACACCGGUCCAGCAAAUUGAAGGGGCCAAGUCUUUCGGCCCUACUCCCGCGUCCUUUCCAAAUAGCCCUCGUGGCCUGCCUCCCACACCCUCCCCCAAUUUUGAGCUUUGAUCCCAUUCUUUUGUUCCCCCACCAUUCCCUAUAUAAAACCCUCCCCAUCUCUACCCCCCUCUCAUACACUCGUACUCACACUAUCAUCUCCUCACUCUCCACAUCCCUUCACCAAAAUCGCACACCGGCCCUAAUCACUCAUCACUUCUUCAUGGGCAACAAUCCUUCUCAGUCUACUGGCUUCUUCAAGGGCGGACAUAAAACUGUUGUGCUCUUGGACACCGCCGGCAACAUUCGUAAACUCAAGCUGCCGGUAACAUCGGCCGACAUCAUGAUCGAAGAACCCGGCCACGUCAUCGCCCCGGUGGAUGAGCUCCACAGAACGCGACGCAUCGCGGCGUUGCCGGCGGAUCAUGAGCUUCUGCGGGGGAAAGCUUACAUGCUGGUCCCAGCUGGCAGGGUUCACUCCAGGGCAUCGGACUUUGAAAUAGCGAUCACAGAACCAUGGGAUUCCGAGAAGAGGAAAACCAAGAGGGGCUGGGAAAGCAGGAGAAAGAAGGGGGUGAGAGGAAAUAUGGCAAAGGUAAUACCGGUGGCGAGCACGGAGCAGGGACCGAGUUUGGUGUUAAAGCGGGAAAGAUUCGGGAACCAAGGACGCUGGAGUCCUGCACUAGAGCCGAUUUUGGAAUCCCCUUAAGAUUUCGCCCUCUAAUUCUAUAUUUUGAUCAUACCCUGACACCUAAAUUUUGCCUAGAUUUACACUUGAAUUGAUCGAGUUGCAUCGACGGCAAGUUAGGAGCUUAGAUAUUGCCACAAUUUUACACCAAAUGUAAAGAGAUUUUACUUUUCUGAUACAUAUAUUCAUAUUGAUUCGAUUUGAUCUAAA